AUGGCCACCAUCACCUGCACCCGAUUCACGGAAGAGUACCAGCUCUUCGAGGAACUGGGAAAGGGCGCCUUCUCGGUGGUGCGCAGGUGUGUGAAGGUGCUGGCUGGCCAGGAGUAUGCUGCCAAGAUCAUCAACACCAAGAAGCUCUCGGCCAGAGACCAUCAGAAGCUGGAGCGUGAAGCCCGCAUCUGCCGCCUGCUGAAGCACCCCAACAUUGUCCGACUCCAUGACAGCAUCUCUGAGGAGGGACACCAUUACCUGAUCUUCGACCUGGUCACCGGUGGGGAGCUAUUUGAAGACAUAGUAGCCCGGGAAUAUUACAGUGAGGCCGAUGCCAGUCACUGUAUCCAGCAGAUCCUGGAGGCCGUGCUGCACUGCCAUCAGAUGGGGGUGGUACACCGGGACCUGAAGCCUGAGAAUCUGUUGCUGGCCUCCAAGCUCAAAGGCGCUGCGGUGAAGCUGGCGGACUUUGGCCUGGCCAUAGAGGUGGAGGGGGAGCAACAGGCAUGGUUCGGGUUCGCAGGGACGCCUGGAUACCUCUCCCCGGAAGUGCUGCGUAAGGACCCGUAUGGAAAGCCCGUGGACCUGUGGGCCUGUGGGGUCAUCCUGUACAUCCUGCUGGUUGGGUACCCUCCGUUCUGGGAUGAGGACCAGCAUCGCCUGUACCAGCAGAUCAAAGCCGGCGCCUAUGAUUUCCCGUCACCCGAAUGGGACACCGUCACUCCGGAAGCUAAGGACCUGAUCAAUAAGAUGCUGACCAUAAACCCAUCCAAACGCAUCACGGCUGCCGAGGCCCUCAAGCACCCCUGGAUCUCGCACCGGUCCACUGUGGCCUCCUGCAUGCACAGACAGGAGACCGUGGACUGCCUGAAGAAGUUCAAUGCCAGGAGAAAACUGAAGGCGCUUCUUACGUCCAUGCCAGCCGGCACAGGUCUAUCUAGUCUGGCUGCUCUCGUGGCAAGGCCAAGAGGUGUUAAGAAAAGAAAGUCCAGUUCCAGCGUUCAGUUAAUGGUGAGUUCAGAGUCUGGAAAUGACAUCCUAGAGAAUGAGAAGACUGUGCGGAAACAGGAAAUUAUAAAAGUGACAGAGCAGCUGAUUGAAGCCAUAAGCAAUGGAGAUUUUGAGUCCUACACAAAGAUGUGCGACCCUGGAAUGACAGCCUUUGAACCCGAGGCUCUGGGGAACCUGGUGGAAGGCCUGGACUUCCAUCGAUUCUAUUUUGAAAACCUGUGGUCCCGGAACAGCAAGCCUGUGCACACCACCAUCCUGAACCCCCACAUCCACCUGAUGGGCGAUGAGUCGGCCUGCAUCGCCUACAUUCGCAUCACGCAGUACCUGGACGCCAGCGGCAUCCCCCGCACGGCCCAGUCCGAGGAGACCCGCAUCUGGCACCGCCGGGACGGCAAAUGGCAGAUCGUCCACUUCCACAGAUCUGGGGCGCCCUCUGUCCUCCCGCAGUAA